ACUUGAGACAACUACUGGCUGACUUUAAUUAUAUGUAAAUUUUUAGGGACCUAAAUGUAAUUUAAUUUGAUGAACAAGUAAUAGUUGCGCCCUGCGUAUUCUUUCGGAUAUCUGUGAACCCUGCGCUUCUUCUUUCUCUCGCUGGAAAGCCCCCGCAAACGAGCUGCUUAUUCCAACUUAAAGGGAUUGCUACAAAAAUAAGAAGAAGUUGUGCAGAAUCAUGUCGUCAUUAAGGAACGCUAUUCCUAGAAGGACUCACAAGGAGCGAUCUCAACCGCAAUCGAGAAAGAAGUAUGGGUUUCUUGAGAAACACAAGGACUAUGUCGUCCGUGCGAAAAAUUUCCACAAAAAAGAAGAAACUUUACGGAGACUCAAGGAGAAAGCGGCUUUUAGGAAUCCUGAUGAAUUUUACUUCAAGAUGGUUAAAACUAGGACUGUUGAUGGAGUCCAUAGACCAGAGAGUCAGGCAAACAAAUACACUCAAGAAGAGCUUAUGUUGAUGAAGACACAAGAUAUUGGAUAUGUUCUUCAGAAAUUACAAAGUGAAAAGAAGAAAGCUGAAAAACUGACUGCGGCAUUGCACUCUCUUGAUAGUCAUCCAUUAAACAGGCACAUUUACUACGCAGAAGACAGAGAGGAAGCUAAAGAAUUAACAUUACUGUCUUCAGAAAAUAAAAUUGUGACUGCUUCCGAGGAUGUCCCUGAUCACAUUAAGAGGAAAACAGCCAGUUCCUAUAGAGAGCUAGAGGCCCGGAAGAACAGAAUUAAUCAAUUGGAGAAACUAUAUGCAGAUAUGGCAUUGCAGAAAGAAUUACAGAAAAAGGGUCGAAAGCGAAAACUGCGCGAAGAUGAGAUUAUUUGUCCAACUACCAAAUCAGUAUAUAAAUGGCGAUCUGAAAGAAAGCGGUGAAAGGAAUGUGCUAAUCUUUCGCAUCUCUGUCAACCAGUUUGUAAACUUCUGUUAGUUUUGUAGUUCUAAAUUCUUCAGAAAUUGUUAAUUCUUUUGAAUGAGGUAGAGAACACAUCCUAUUUUGAAUCAUACCCUUGUCAGCUACGAGAUAAUGACAGAUGGAAAUGUUACCCUUUAAUCUAUGACAUAUCUAGUUUUUUUUCUUAAA